CGGCUCUAGCUCGCCUCCACUAUGGCCAGAAGAAACCCACUGGCUAGCCCGGUUCGCCCGCUAUUCGACGCGCACGGUUUCAAUCACAUCUUCGCAGGCCCAUCAGGAUGGGGCAAGGCAAACACGUGAGGGAGGACCGGCGUUGUCUGCGCAGCCGGCGCUCUCGACUUGUCGCGGUUGCCCUGGUACUUGUUGCCCUUCUUGCCAUCGUGAUCCCCCCAGCGGUUGUGUUGACUUUGCACAACAAUUCCACCAUGGGUCCCAAAGCCUCGGUCUUCGUGCCUCUCUAUGUGUAUCCGGCUCCAGGGGCGUGGGAGCCAUUGGAAAAGGUGGUCUCUGCUCAUCGGAACGUCAACUUCACCGUGGUGAUCAACCCUGGUAGUGGCCCUGGGCCCAACGCCUUGCCUGACGCCAAUUACACCCGAGAAAUACCCAAGCUGGCGUCAUAUGGCAAUGUCCGACUCCUGGGAUAUGUCGCUACCACGUACGCGCAGCGCAACAUCUCGCUGGUGCGGCGGGACAUCGAGACCUACGCAGCAUGGCCGACCAACGGUUCCAACCCCGACCUUGCGGUUCGGGGCAUAUUCUUCGACGAGACUCCCCAGCAAUACGACGACAGUACCUUGGCAUAUCUCCAGGAGCUGACUGCUCUCGUGAAGACGACCUCGGGCCUGGGUCCGGACCACUUUGUUGUCCAUAACCCCGGCGUGAUUCCUGAUUCUCGCUACCUGCCGACGGCUGAUUCGACCGUCGUGUUCGAGGCGACCUACGAUACGUUCCUGGAGCGCCAGGGGGCUAGGCUCUUUGAGAAUAUCCCGAACAGCACCCGCAGUCAGCUCUGCGCGGUGCUCCACUCCGUGCCGGACAGUGUGGACGGCCACCAGUUCCGGGACCUGGUGAAGCAAAUGCGUAAGGUAGCAGAUGAGAUUUUCAUCACUCACCUGAGCACGGAUUACUAUGCAAGUUUUGGGGGACAGUGGCAGGAGUUUGUGGAUCUAAUGGCGAAAUCAUGAGGCUAGCUUGCCUGCUUCCGG